ACUGCGCAUGUCUCUUGAGUGUCAGCUCCGCAGCAAUGGCGGGAGUGAGGAAAAAGCCUCCUGCCUCCACGUCUAUCCUACGGACGACGCUUCACUCGCUGUGGCAGGAUAAACAUUUAGUCCUGUUCAAGACGGAGUACACCUUUCUAGUGGUGUCCGUGUUGUGGCUUCUGGAGAUCGGCAUCAAUGUGUGGGUCAUUCAGAAAGUAGCAUACACUGAAAUUGACUGGAAAGCCUACAUGGAUGAAGUGGAAGGAGUCAUCAAUGGUACCUAUGACUACACCCAGCUUAAAGGAGACACGGGCCCCUUGGUGUAUCCAGCUGGCUUUGUGUACAUCUUCACUGCUCUGUACUACAUCACUAGCUCCGGGGCCAACAUCCGCUUGGGCCAGUAUAUUUUUGCGGUCUUCUACCUCAUCACGCUACUGUUGGUCUUCAGAGUAUACUGCCGCACCAAAAAGGUUCCUCCGUAUGUGUUCUUCUUCAUGUGUUGUGCCUCCUAUCGGAUCCACUCAAUCUUCGUGCUGCGUCUGUUCAAUGACCCAGUGGCCAUGAUGCUGUUAUUCGCCGCUGUUAACCUCUUCAUUGAUGGUCACUGGUCCCUUGGCUGUGGCCUUUACAGUUUAGCAGUGUCUGUGAAAAUGAACGUGCUCCUCUUUGCUCCUGGACUACUUUUCCUCCUGCUGUCUGAGUUCGGUCUAAUCAGGAUGAUCCCUAAACUUGCUCUUUGUGCAAACAUACAGCUCUUGUUGGGUUUGCCUUUCCUCCUGGAGAACCAUGUCGGCUACGUGAGUCGGGCUUUUGACCUGGGGCGUCAGUUUAUGUUCAAGUGGACGGUCAACUGGCGCUUCCUGCCUGAGUGGCUCUUCUUGAACCGCUACUUCCACUUUGUCUUGUUGGCAGCUCACCUGCUGACCCUGCUGCUCUUUGCUCUUCGUCGCUGGAAAAGGCAAGGAGAAAGCCCAUUUGAACUUUUCAAGGAACCAGGCAAGAGGAAAGUCCCAGUUCAGAAAACCACUGUCAACCAGAUCGUUCUCAUUCUGUUUACCUCCAACUUCAUUGGCAUGUGCUUCAGCCGCUCGUUGCAUUACCAGUUCUACGUGUGGUACUUCCACACGCUGCCCUACGUGCUGUGGAGUCGAGGAGUGAAAAAGAUGGCCCACCUCCUCAGGGUCCUGAUCUUGGGUCUUAUUGAGCUCUCGUGGAACACCUACCCCUCGACUUGCAGCAGCUCCAUAGCCCUCCACGUGUGUCACCUCAUCGUUCUGCUCUGUCUGUGGUUAGCUCCGCCCCUGCACCAAGCAGGACCAGCUGAAACGCAGGCAAAAGCACCUGUCAAGGACAAAUGCCAAUGAGACGUGGUACACGUAGGAGUGUAUUUGGGUGAAAGCUGCUGAGGCGCCAUCCACUCUCUGAACCUUAGCAUAGAGAGACCGGCAAUGGGGUAGACUCUCAAGGAGCCAUUAUUGGCGUCUUAGCUUUGUGCUAAAAAGUGAAGGAAGCUAAGGUAGGGUCCGGAGACAGCUGCACACAUGAAACACGCAGCUGUUGCCACUAUGAAGAGAGGAAUGGUUUCUCCGGUUUUGUCACAAUACCAAUUAGUAUUUGUAUUAUCCAAAACAAUGAAUGCCCGGUGUAGAAUUAAGUGUACUGAAAGCAAAAUACACGUGUAUUAUCAAGAAAACACAUCAAGUAAUGUUGGUGUCACUGCAAGGCAAUACUGUUUGGUGGCACAUGACACAAUGAGGUGAUUUUCUAUUUAACACAAUGUGAUGAAACGUAUGUCAUCCAUUGGGAUAUAGAAAUGUGUCAUCUUCUAAUUUCAGUAAGUCUAUCUUUUAAACAACUUAUAUUUACAUAACACCCUUUGUUAGAAACACAGCAGCAUAGUGAGGUUUUCUCUCAAUAUUCCACAAAGCACCCAAUAAUGCAGGCCUGGGCAAUUAAUUUGACUCUGGGGGGUGGGGAGCAAAUUUUGAGAAAAAAAUGUGUCUGGGAGCCAGUAUAUGUGAUUUUUAGGAACACUAACAAAACCUCACAAUAAUGUCUGAUUAAAAGCUAAAAACGUUAUGACAGACCGCCUGAAAAAACGGAAUGGAAUUUUGAAUUUUUUUACUGAAUGAGACACCCAGAAUGUACAUGAAAAUAAAGAAUGUGGGAUUUACAAUAUUAACUAUGAAGCAUAAAACAUUGAAUAUUGACAACAUAUGACAGUCACACCCCCUCUCCAUCGACAUAUUUUACAAUCAUGCGAAACGCAACACAAAUGCAACAAACAGCGAAAUAUGAAUGCGAAGGGUAAAAAAAAACCCCACCUACAAUCUGAUAUAUCACUAAGCUUUAGAACUUUGUUGUAAAAAUCUCCUUCCGCGUCUGUCCGACAGAAACGCUCCCCACCCACAAUGCCUAGUGCCUCGUCUGAGCUGCUGUGACCUAGAUUACCAUAGUAACUAAUUAGAUUACCAUAGUAACUAGUAUAUCAUGCAAAAGCGCAGAUUCCAACCAUUGAAAUACUUUGUAUAGUUCAAGACUUACGGUCAUUUGAAAACAUUACUGCACAUCAUAAUGGCAGCUACAGUUUCCAUCUUAAAGAUCUAAAAAAAAAUUGGGAAUGUCCGGCGGGCCAGAUUGAAAAGCUUAACAGGCCGCGUGUGGCCCCCGGGACAUAAUUUGCCCAGGUCUGCAAUAAUGUGUAGCAUGUGAGGAAUAAGCUCAACUCCUGUUUUUUAGUUACCAAGUACGAGUACUGUAGGCCAGCUUCUUGUGACGAUGUCAUGUCCUGCUGUGGUGAACAUGUCACAGAUCAUCAGCACACACAGAAAAGUGAAAAAUGUGACGUUUUAUAAUAAAUAUAAAUGCUACUUACAACAGGGGUUGUUUGUUUCCC